AUGCCAAUUAUAGCUUCUCGAGAAAUAGAUCAAAAAGAAGGUCAAGAUUCCGUAUUUAUAGGAAUGGCAAGUUCGGGAAGAAUGCCGUUACUUGAAAAAUGUUAUGAAAAAAGAAUUAUUAUAUUAUUACUUAUUGCACCAAGUUGGAUUUUAUUAUACUCGUUAAUACCUGUUCUCUUCAAGCUUCGUCAAGGAAUUGGGGCUGAUAUUUACAGGUUUAUUGAACCGAUAGUAACAAUACCUGUAAAUUAUUUUAUUUUGAUAUCUGCGGAAGUUUUCACUGAUUUUAAUAAUGAAGCGACAAUUGCAGGAGCAAUCUUAAUCACGUGGUCUCACUUAUUCGCAUAUCGCAAACAACUUCAUUAUGCAAUUCAUUCCAAUUUCUUAGUUCCAUUAUGGUUUUUGGGUGGGAUAUUAAAUGGAAUUUUAUUAUCUUUUACAGCGAUCAAUAUUCAACAUGGUACAUUGGUAGGAUUAAUUUAUGUGAUAAUCAUGGGAAGUUUACUUGCUAUAUAUUUACGUGUUAGUAGUAAAGGAUUAUUUUCGAAAGGUAAAAAAUUAGUACUUCAAUCUUAUUUGAUAAGUUAUAUCGUUGGCUUGAUAUUAAUUAUAGUUUGGAUUAUUGUGGUGAGAGGAUUUAAAGAUAGGAAGAGUGCUGGUUGGUUCGUUUAA